AUGGGCAGUUCAAUAGUCGAUCCCAACAGGGGUGUUUCUUUCGGCUACCCGCACAACGGAAUCCAAUCCAUCCCGAAAGAGACUUUGUGUGAGCGAGCUUCGACAACCCACUCCCGACAAGUCAACCAACAAACCGUCAAAAUGGUCAAGAAGAGGGCGAACAACGGCCGCAACAAGAAUGGCCGCGGCCACGUCAAGCCUGUGCGUUGCUCCAACUGCGCUCGCUGCACCCCCAAGGACAAGGCCAUCAAGCGCUUCACCAUCCGCAACAUGGUCGAGUCUGCUGCCAUCCGUGAUAUCUCCGAGGCUUCCGUCUUCGCUGAGUACUCUGUCCCCAAGAUGUACCUGAAGCUCCAGUACUGUGUGUCCUGCGCCAUUCACGGCAAGAUUGUCCGUGUUCGCUCCCGCGAAGGCCGCCGCAACCGUGCUCCCCCUCCCCGUAUUCGCUUCAACAAGGACGGCAAGAAGCUCCAGCCCCCUACUGCCGCCAAGGCUCUGUAA